AUGAAUGGAGGCAACCAGAGUGAGGACUCUGAAUUCCUACUCAUAGGGCUCUCGGAGGUUCCUGAGCAGCAACAGAUCCUGUUUUGGGCAUUCUUGUCCAUGUACCUGGUCACAGUGGUGGGAAAUGUGCUCAUCAUCCUGGCCAUCAGCUCUGACUCUCACCUACACACUCCCAUGUACUUCUUCCUGGUCAAUCUCUCUUUCACUGACCUCUUCUUUGUCACCAACACAAUCCCCAAGAUGCUGGUGAACCUUCAGUCCCUGAACAAAGCCAUCUCCUAUGCAGGGUGCCUGACCCAGCUAUACUUUCUGGUCUCCUUGGUGGCCCUGGACAAUCUCAUCCUGGCUGUGAUGGCAUACGACCGCUAUGUGGCCAUCUGCCGCCCCCUCCACUACACAACAGCCAUGAGCCCUAAGCUCUGUAUCUUGCUCCUCAUCUUGUGUUGGGCCCUGUCUAUCUUCUAUGGUCUCAUUCACACUGCUCUCAUGACCAGAGUGACAUUCUGUGGGUCUCUCAAGAUCCACUACAUCUUCUGUGAGAUGUACGUCCUGCUCAGGCUUGCAUGUUCUGACACCCAGAUCAAUCACACAGCGCUAAUUGCCACAGGCUGCCUCAUCUUCCUCACUCCAUUUGGGUUCAUGAUCAUAUCCUAUGUCUGUAUUGUCAGAGCCAUUCUCAGGAUACCUUCAGCUUCUAACAAGUACAAAGCAUUCUCUACCUGUGCUUCACAUUUGGCUGUGGUUUCCCUCUUCUAUGGUACACUUUGCAUGGUAUACCUGCAGCCCCUCCAUACCUACUCCCUCAAGGAUUCAAUAGCAACAGUGAUGUAUGCUGUGGUGACUCCCAUGAUGAACCCUUUUAUCUAUAGUCUGAGAAACAAGGACAUGCAUGGUGCUCUGGGAAGACUCCUAAGAAAACCCUUUCAGAGGUAA